AAGCAGGAGGAGGCGCCCAUCAAUAUGGCGGCGCGCAGAGCGGGUGGCGGCAACGGUAACUCUAGCAGGGGCAGCGCUUGAACCCGAGCUGAGAGGGACGCCAUGGAGAGCGAGGAGGAGCAGCACAUGACCACGCUGCUGUGCAUGGGCUUCUCGGAUGCCGCCGCCAUCCGCAGGGCCCUCCGCCUGGCUAAGAACGACAUUAACGAGGCCGUGGCGCUGCUCACCAACGAGCGGCCCGGCCUGCACUAUGAGCCCAUGGACAGCGGAGGCGGCGGCCAGGGCGGCGGCGGCGGCGGAGGCCCGGGAGGGCCCCAGCAAAGCGGCGGCUCUCGCGGCGGAGGAGACGGCGACGGCACCGGUGGCGGUGGAGGCGGCGGCGGCGGCGGCGGCGGCAGCGGCAGUAGCACCGGCUUCGACCCGCCCCCUGCCUACCAUGAGGUGGUGGAGAACGAGAAAAAUGAUGAAAACGGGAAUUGCUCUGGAGAAGGUAUUGAGUUUCCUACAACCAAUCUUUAUGAACUGGAGAGCAGAGUAUUAACAGAUCAUUGGUCCAUCCCAUAUAAGCGAGAAGAGUCUCUUGGCAAGUGUUUAAUUGCAUCCACUUAUCUUGCAAGGCUGGGACUUUCGGAUUCAGAUGAAAACUGCAGGAGAUUUAUGGAUAGAUGUAUGCCUGAAGCUUUUAAAAAGCUGUUGACAUCAAGUGCUGUUCACAAAUGGGGUACUGAAAUCCAUGAGGGAAUCUACAACAUGUUGAUGCUACUAGUAGAUCUAGCUGCCGAGAGAGUAAAGCAAGAUCCUAUUCCUGUUGGUCUUCUGGCUGUACUUACAAUGGCUCUUAAUCCUGACAACGAGUACCAUUUCAAGAACCGAAUGAAAGUGUGCCAAAGGAACUGGGCAGAAAUAUUCGGGGAAGGAAAUAUGUAUGCUGUCUCACCCAUUUCUACGUUCCAGAAGGAACCUCACGGAUGGCUCGUGGACUUAGUGAAUAGGUUUGCAGAAUUAGGUGGGUUUUCUGCAAUUCAGUCCAAACUUCAUUCAGAAGAUAUUGAACUUGGGGCAGUCUCUUCAUUGGUUCAGCCUUUGGGGGUUUGUGCAGAGUAUCUCAACUGCUCAGUAGUACAGCCCAUGCUGGAUCCCGUUAUUCAUAAUAUGAUUAAAUAUGUGCAGAAUGUUGAGGAGAAGGACCUGAAAGACAAGAGGCUGGUCAGUAUCCCCGAACUCUUGUCUGCUAUCAAGCUACUUUGUAUGCGUUUCCAACCUGACUUAGUAACAGUAGUGGAUGACCUGCGAUUGGAUAUCCUAUUGCGUAUGUUGAAAUCACCACACUUCAGUGCAAAAAUGAACUCUCUCAAGGAAGUAACAAAACUUAUUGAAGACAGCACUGUAUCCAAAUCAGUUAAGAAUGCAAUAGAUACCGAUCGAUUAUUAAACUGGCUAGUAGAAAACUCUGUCCUAUCAAUUGCAUUAGAAGGUAAUAUAGACCAAGCACAAUAUUGUGAUCGUAUAAAGGGAAUUAUUGAGCUGUUGGGCAGCAAGUUAUCUUUAGAUGAGCUGACAAAAAUUUGGCGAAUACAGUCAGGACAGCCAUCAACUGUGAUAGAGAACAUCCACAGUAUAAUUGCAGCAGCUGCUGUGAAGUUCAGCUCAGACCAGCUCAGUCAUCUCUUUGUCCUUAUACAGAAGAGCUGGGAGUCUGAGAGUGAUAGAGUGAGACAAAAACUGUUAAGCUUGAUAGGACGUAUUGGCCGGGAAGCUCGUGUAGAGACAACCACUGGAAAGGUUCUUGAGGUUCUCUGGGACUUGGCUCAUCUCCCUACAUUACCCAGUAGUUUGAUUCAGCAGGCCUUGGAAGAGCAUUUGACAAUCCUUAGUGAUGCUUAUGCAGUGAAGGAAGCAAUAAAAAGAAGCUACAUCAUCAAGUGCAUAGAAGAUAUUAAGAGGUCUUCCCAGCAUAAUAAUCCUCAAUUUGUGUGGGUGGUACCAGCUUUACGUCAGCUCCACGAAAUCACACGUUCAUUUAUUAAGCAAACCUACCAAAAGCAAGAUAAGAGCAUUAUUCAGGAUUUGAAGAAAAACUUUGAGAUAGUGAAAUUGGUGACAGGAAGCUUAAUAGCAUGUCACAGAUUGGCUGCGUCAGUGGCUGGCCCUGGAGGCCUAUCUGGAUCAACAUUAGUGGAUGGUCGAUACACAUAUCGGGAGUACUUAGAGGCACACCUCAAAUUUCUGGCAUUUUUCCUUCAAGAAGCCACACUCUACUUAGGAUGGAAUCGUGCUCGGGAAAUCUGGGAAUGCCUUGUAACAGGCCAAGAUGUUUGUGAGCUAGAUCGGGAGAUGUGUUUUGAAUGGUUUACGAAAGGACAGCAUGAUCUUGAGAGUGAUGUGCAGCAGCAGCUUUUUAAAGAAAAAAUUCUCAAACUGGAGUCCUAUGAAAUCACUAUGAAUGGUUUUGGUUUGUUUAAGACCUUUUUUGAAAACGUGAACCUCUGUGAUCAUCGAUUGAAACGGCAAGGAACCCAAUUGCAUGUAGAAAAACUGGAACUAAUAGGAAUGGAUUUUAUUUGGAAAAUUGCAAUGGAGUCACCUGAUGAAGAAAUAGCUAAUGAAGCUAUCCAGCUGAUAAUAAACUAUAGUUACAUCAAUCUAAAUCCUAGAUUGAAAAAGGAUUCUGUAUCGCUCCAUAAGAAAUUCAUUGCUGAUUGUUACACGAGAUUAGAAGCAGCCAGUUCAGCACUUGGUGGUCCAACACUGACACAUGCUGUUACCAGAGCUACCAAAAUGUUAACAGCAACUGCAAUGCCUACUGUGGCAACAUCAGUGCAAUCUCCAUACAGGUCGACGAAACUUGUAAUAAUUGAGAGACUGCUACUAUUGGCAGAACGCUACGUCAUCACUAUAGAGGACCUUUACUCUGUUCCUCGUACUAUUCUACCUCAUGGUGCCUCCUUUCAUGGACAUCUUUUAACCCUUAAUAUUACGUAUGAGUCUACCAAAGAUACCUUUACAGUAGAGGCUCAUAGCAAUGAAACCAUAGGAAGUGUCAGAUGGAAGAUAGCAAAACUGUUGAAUGCUCCUGUGGACAACAUACAGAUAUUUGCAAAUGAAAGUUUGUUAACAGUGAAUAAAGAUCAAAAGCUUCUUCACCAGCUAGGCUUCUCUGAUGAACAAGCACUUACUGUAAAGACAUCAGGAAGUGGAACCCCAUCAGCAAGCUCUGCUGAUUCCUCCACCAGCUCCAGCAACAGCAGUAGUGUCUUCAGUUCAUCAUACGCAAUGGAACAGGAAAAAUCCCUCCCUGGAGUGGUAAUGGCCCUCGUGUGUAAUGUGUUUGACAUGCUUUACCAGCUUGCUAAUUUAGAGGAGCCAAGGAUUACUUUGAGAGUACGGAGGCUUCUUUUGUUGAUUCCUACUGACCCAGCUAUUCAGGAAGCUCUUGAUCAGCUAGAUUCUCUUGGACGGAAGAAAACAUUACUAUCUGAAUCAAAUUCUCAGUCUUCAAAAUCCCCAUCACUUUCUACAAAGCAUCAACACCAGCCUAGUGCUACUUCAAUACUUGAAAGUCUUUUCAGGUCUUUUGCUCCAGGGAUGUCUACAUUUCGAGUACUUUACAAUCUUGAGGUCCUGAGUUCCAAGUUAAUGCCUACAGCAGAUGAUGAAAUGGCAAGAAAUUGUGCCAAAUCUUUUUGUGAAAAUUUCCUCAGAGCAGGUGGACUGAGUUUGGUGGUGAAUGUUAUGCAGAGAGACUCCAUUCCGUCAGAAGUGGACUAUGAAACAAGACAGGGAGUGUAUUCAAUCUGUCUACAGCUGGCAAGGUUUUUGCUUGUUGGUCAAACAAUGCCUCCGUUGCUUGAUGAAGAUAUUGUUAAAUAUGGAGUGGAAACACUGUCUUCACGCCCAUUCCGUAAUGUGAACCGACAAACUACCAGGCAGAUGUCAAUUUGUGGAACCCCAGAGAAGUCAUCCUAUCGGCAGCUCUCCGUUUCAGACAGGUCUUCCAUAAGAGUAGAGGAGAUAAUGCCUGCUGCGCGGGUUGCAAUACAAACAAUGGAAGCAAAUGACUUCACGUCUACAGUGGCUUGUUUCAUGCGGCUCUCAUGGGCUGCUGCUGCAGGGCGGCUUGACCUGGUGGGGAGCAGCCAGCCAAUAAAAGAAAGUAACACACUGUUUCCUGUUGGGAUUCGUAACCGGCUUAGCAGCUCAGGAAGCAAUUGCAGCUCAGGGAGUGAAGGAGAACCAACAGCUCUGCAUGCUGGGAUCUGUGUCAGGCAGCAUUCUGUAUCGACCAAAGAUGCCCUGAUUGCUGGCGAGGCCUUGUCUCUCUUAGUGACGUGCCUGCAGCUCCGCAGCCAGCAACUGGGAUCGUUCUACAACCUCCCUUGUGUUGCUGACUUCAUCAUAGACAUACUACUUGGCUCACCCAGUGCUGAGAUUCGUCGUGUUGCCUGUGACCAAUUAUAUACCCUCAGUCAGACAGAUACAUCAACUCAUCCUGAUAUACAGAAACCAAACCAGUUUCUCUUGAGUGUCAUCCUUACUGCUCAGCUGCCCCUUUGGUCACCUACCAGCAUCAUGAGAGGAGUCAACCAGAGACUCUUGUCCCAGUGUACAGAGUACUUUGACCUUAGAUGCCAAUUACUGGAUGAUCUCACAACUUCAGAAAUGGAACAGCUAAAGAUUAGCCCAGCUGCUAUGUUGGAGGACGAGAUCACAUGGUUGGAUAAUUUUGAACCCACCCGUGCAGCUGAGUGUGAAACCAGCGAAGCUGACAAUGUGUUGUUGGCAGGACAUUUGAGGCUCAUUAAGACCCUUCUCUCACUUUGCGGAACAGAGAAGGAAAUGCUGGGUUCAUCUUUGAUCAAGCCAUUAUUAGAUGACUUCCUCUUCCGAGCAUCUAGGAUUAUCCUGAACAGCCAUUCUCCAGCUGGCAGUGUUGCCGUUACUCAGCAAGACUUUCACCCAAAAUGCAGCACAGUAAAUAGCCGAUUAGCAGCAUAUGAAGUCCUGGUAAUGCUGGCUGAUAGUUCGCCUUCAAAUCUUCAACUUAUUACAAAAGAACUGCUUUCAAUGCAUCACCAGCUUGAUCCAGCUCUUUCCAAGGAAUUUGAUUUUCUCCCACCUGUAGAUGGUAGAUCCACUUCAGGAUUUGUGGGGCUGAAGAAUGGUGGAGCUACAUGUUACAUGAAUGCUGUCUUCCAACAGCUCUAUAUGCAACCAGGACUUCCUGAGGCAUUGCUUUCAUUUGAUGAUGACAUGGACAAUCCUGAUGACAGCGUGUUUUAUCAAGUUCAGUCUCUCUUUGGUCAUCUAAUGGAAAGCAAGCUGCAGUAUUACAUACCUGAAAAUUUCUGGAAGAUCUUCAAGAUGUGGAACAAGGAGCUUUAUGUUCGUGAGCAACAGGAUGCUUAUGAGUUUUUCACCAGUCUUAUAGAUCAAAUGGAUGAAUACCUCAAGAAAAUAGGACGAGACCAAAUAUUUAAGAACACUUUUCAGGGCAUCUACUCUGAUCAGAAGAUCUGCAAGGACUGUCCUCAUAGGUAUGAACGGGAGGAAGCCUUUAUGGCUCUCAAUCUAGGAGUCACUUCAUGUCAAAGCCUGGAAAUUUCAUUGGAUCAGUUUGUUAGAGGAGAAAUUCUGGAAGGAAGCAAUGCAUACUACUGUGAGAAAUGUAAAGAAAAGAGAACUACAGUAAAGCGGACAUGUAUUAAAGCUCUGCCCAGCGUGUUGGUGAUCCACCUCAUGAGAUUUGGAUUUGAUUGGGAAAGUGGGCGCUCCAUUAAAUACGACGAACAGAUAAAGUUCCCCUGGAUGCUGAACAUGGAACCCUAUACAGUUUCAGGAAUGGCUCGCCAGGAUUCUUCUUCAGAAGUUGGUGACAAUGGACGCAGUGUAGAUCAGGGAGGUUCAGGGUCUCCACGGAAGAAAGUGGCUCCUACAGAAAACUACGAGCUGGUUGGUGUGAUUGUGCACAGCGGUCAAGCCCAUGCAGGGCACUACUAUUCUUUUAUCAAAGAUAGGAGGGGAUCUGUGAAAGGAAAAUGGUAUAAAUUUAAUGACACAGUUGUUGAAGAAUUAGAUCUGAAUGAUGAAACUUUGGAAUAUGAAUGCUUUGGUGGAGAAUACAGACCAAAGGUUUAUGAUCAAUCAAAUCCAUAUCCUGAUGUUCGCCGUCGGUACUGGAAUGCCUACAUGCUCUUCUAUCAGAGAGUCUCUGAUCAAAACUCGCCAGUCUUGCCAAAGAAAAGCAGAGUCAGUGUCGUGCGUCAGGAAGCUGAGGAUCUCUCUUUAUCUGCUCCAUCUUCACCAGAUAUUUCACCACAAUCAUCACCACGGCCCCACAGACCCAGUAGUGAUCGUUUGUCUAUCUUGACCAAGUUGGUCAAAAAGGGGGAGAAAAAAGGCUUAUUUGUAGAGAAAAUGCCAGUUCGGAUCUAUCAGAUGGUUAGAGAUGAAAACCUGAAGUUUAUGAAGAACAGAGAUGUCUACAGCAGUGACUAUUUUAGUUUUGUUUUGUCAUUAGCUUCAUUAAAUGCUACAAAGUUAAAGCACGCCCAUUACCCAUCUAUGGCAAGAGUGAGUUUACAACUAGCCGUCCAGUUCCUCUUCCAAACAUAUCUACGAACCAAGAAAAAACUCAGGGUUGAUACAGAAGAAUGGAUUGCAACCAUUGAUGCUUUGGUGUCUAAAAGUUUUGAUGCUUGUCAAUGGUUGGUUGAAUAUUUAGUGGAGGCAGAAGGUCGAGAGCUCAUAAAGACUUUUCUGCUGGAAUGCAGUGUAAGAGAGGUGCGAGUUGCUGUAGCUACCAUUCUUGAAAAAACCUUAGACAGUGCCUUGUUUUAUAAGGAAAAGUUGAAAAGUUUGCAUCAGUUAGUGGACGUGCUGCUAGGUCUGUUGGAGAAAGAUGUCCCUGAGAACUGUAAAAACUGUGCCCAGUAUUUCUUCUUGUUCAACAAUUUUGUACAAAAGCAGGGUAUAAGAGCUUGUGAGCUCCUUCUUGGCCAUUCUGCCUUAAGGCAUAUGAUCAACUUCCUUCUUGGCCCCAACCGGCAGAGUAACCAGAAUCGCAGGUGGAGUUCAGCACAAGCUCGGGAGUUUGGAUUCCUCCAUAAUACUGUGGCCCUGCUUGUCUUGCACUCUGAUGUCUCCUCACAAAGGAAUGUGGCUCCUGGUCUGUUUGUUCUGCGCUCACACCUUAACAUUACCACCUCAGUGCCACUUCUGGCCCUCCAUGAAGAAGUAGAAGCUUUGCUAUUCCUUUCUGAGGGGAAGACUUAUUUAAUGGAGGUUAUGCAUGCGCUGAGGGAGUUAACUGGAUCACUGUUGAGCCUCUUUGAGAUGGUGGUGUACUGCUGCUUUUGUAAUGAGCACUUUUCCUUUACCAUGUUGCAUUUCAUCAAGUGUCAGCUGGAAGCUGCUCCACCCCAUGAACUAAAGAACACCUUCCAGCUGCUUCAUGAGGUAUUGAUUAUUGAAGAUCCUUUACAGAUAGACCGGAUCAAGUUUGCAUUUGAGACUGAAAAUGGAUUACUAGCUCUGAUGCACCAUAGUAACCAUGUGGACAGCAGUCGCUGCUAUCAGUGUGUCAAAUUCUUGGUCACUCUUGCUCAGAAGUGCUCUGCUGCUAAAGAUUAUUUCAAGGAGAAUUCACAUCAUUGGAGUUGGGCUGUACAGUGGCUUCAAAUAAAGAUGUCUGAACAUUACUGGGCUCCACAGAGUAACGUAUCCAAUGAAACCUCAACGGCCAAAACCUUCCAGCGCACUAUUUCUGCACAGGACACAUUGGCGUAUGCCACAGCCUUGCUAAAUGAGAAAGAUCAAUCGGGAAGCAGUAAUGGAUCUGAGAGCAGUCCAGCCAAUGAGAAUGGUGGCAGACAUCUACAACAGGGCUCAGUGUCUCCUAUGAUGAUUGGUGAACCUAAAAGUGACCUUGAUGAUGUGGACCCUUAGUGGUUACCUGCAAGCUGAAAAACAGGAGUUCAACUGAAGUAUUGAAUACUUGGCGCCUUUCUGAUAUUGCUAGAAUCCCAUUGCAUUCACCUUUAGAAGAAUCUGAAGCGAAGGCUUUCUAAGAAUCAGUGGCCAUGCUACUUCCUAAAGUUAAAGCAGUCUUCAACUUGAGAACUUUACGCAUCAAGCUGUGAGGAACUCCCAACGUCAUUGGCGGUUCUUGUGGGAUGCUAGUCUAGGCAUGAGUUUAAAAAAAAUCUUGUCAGAUUUCACCAGUGUAAGGAAAAAGUAUCAAGUGGUUGAAUUUUUUAUUAUGUGAAUCUUUAAUGAGUGAAUGUAAAACUAUUGCUUUUCUGUGAUGCUGCAAAAAACUUUUGGUUUUUAUACAGAAGAAAAAAAAUCAGACUGCCUUUAGGAAUGGAGGGCAAAUUUUUAAUCUUUCUGAAAAUAUUGAAUAGGAAUAUUCAAAAUUAUGUAAAAAUGUGUGAUGACUUAUACUUGGCAUUGUAAAAUAUUAGUUAAGAAUCCGUUUACAUAAGGACCUUUGUAUUUAAUAUGUCUCCUAGGUAAUUUGUAUAGCGCUUUACAGAAAGGGUUUGUUUAGAGAGCCCUUUUGUGUAAGGAUGGUUAUUCCUUAUGGAAUGGUUUUGGUACAAGAAAGUCUGGAAUUGGUAACUUUUUUUUCGAUGUCAUUAAGUAAAUGGGUAAGAGCAAUAAAAGAGCUUUGUUUAUUCCAAGAAUACACUUAUGUAUUGUGGCAUCAAUGGAUCUUUUUUUAAAAAAAUGUUGAUGAGUAAGUUUAACAAAAAAGCACUUUAAGACAGAAUUUUAUUGCUGUUUGCCUCCUUAAAACAUCGUUCUAAUACUUGGAGACAUAUUGAAUAAAUUGUAGUCUUAAUGAUGUGAUCUGCAAUCAUUUGCUUAUGCUUUGAAUUUGAAAGAAUUGGAAUUGGCUGUAUAGGAUUCCUUGAGUGAUGUGAGACAUGGGAAUUUUUUAAAAAUUUUAACACAGGCAAAGGAUUGUAGGCUUUGUUUUGCUUGGCCAGGCAGCAUUUAGAAUACAACAGGUUUAUUUGCUCCAUAAUAACUGGAAACCAACUGAACUUAACAUGGGUAUGAUUUUGUUUUCCCAUGUGAAAUGCAGUUAAGUGAUCUCUUUAGCAGCUCUGGAUAUUAGUUUCUUCUGUGCCAAUUUUGAGUUUCAUCUUCACUUUUUCACAUUUUUCUUCACUGCUUUUGCCUUUGUUCUAGGAUUUUUGCCUUAAUUUAAACAAACUGCACCAUGCACAUGAAUUGAGUGGAAGUCAUAACGAGUGCCUGGGUUACCUCUACUAUGGAAGGAUUUGCCAAGUCAAAGGCACAAACAGCCAAAAAGUGCCUCUUUUUUUCUUUUCACUUUUUUAUGUACUGUUGCAAAACCUGAUCUGGCAUAUAGCUUUCUUCAAUGUUAUGCACUAAUUGUGAAUAUUACAGGUCAUUUCACUCUUGAAGGAAACAGCUGUACAUCUUCCAGUCGGAAUUUUCUGCCACAUGCAGGAGUCAAAGGAGUAGUGUUAAUAACGCUGCAUAUGCAAACCAAACAUUUCAGUUGAAUUUAUUUUCAAGACAAUUUUCAUUUAAAUGUGGCAGAGUUCACAUAUUUAUAGCCUCCAAAAUUUUAAAUGUGUUAUUUUAAAAUUUUGAAUAAAUGUUUAUGUCCUACCCCCAUCCUUAUUGUAUCACCUUAUCUUCACUUUAACUUUAAUCAAACCAAGUAUUACCGAGGUGAUAUUAGAUGGGAAGUAUCACUUUUCUUAAUCCAAAGGAAUUGGAAGGUUCCAUCAUUUCCUAUGGAAACGGUGGUCUCUUAUCACAGGCUGAAAGAAUGUUGCUUGCAAAAACCCCAAGAUGGCCUGUUUCACCACCAUACAUUCUGCAACCAUUGCAGGCUGUUUCCUGAUCCUCGUCCUGCAUGUACAAAGUUGAUGGUUAUGGUUUUCAAGUACAAUACUUGGUCAAUUAUUUGGUUUCCAGCUGCUAUCACUUGAAUCUGCUGAAGAAUAUUUUUUUUAAAGAAAUCUAAUGCAACAAAUCUAGUUUGCUGUGUAAAUUGUGACAUGUUUAUAUGUUGUGAUCACUUUUACUGCCAGUCUUUUUGGAUGAAAAACGGAUUUUAUACAUAUUAACGGAACGUUCUGUAGGAGUGGGGCAAUCACAGUUCGACUGUAUGCUCUUGUUGUGUAUGGGUUUGUCCAACUUAAUUCCUAAGGCAUUUGGAACUGGAAAAGAAAAGGCAGUUUUCAUGGAAAAGAAUCCUGGUCAACGGAAUAAAGUUUAUUCCUCUCACAAAAACCAGUCUGUUCAUUAAGUUGUGAAAAGAGGCCAGUUGCUAUGUUGCUGGUCCAUUUUACCCAGUUAACUGCUCUUUACUCAUUCAAAACUGAAGACUAGAAUGAAUCUACGAACCUGUAAUCUCAGUAGAUUAGGUAGCUGUCUAGGAUAAAAUGUGAUAUAAGCAGAGUCCAAAGAAUGUUAGCUUUUCAUUUUAGCAAUGGAGCUUCCUCUUCAGGCUAUCUCCAGUAUGUGCCAGCAGCACCUACCAAAGAGAGGAGGAUGUAGCUGGGUGCUAGGCCUACCUUCAGCCACUGCUGCUACCACACAAGCACCCAGCUCCUGUCCUCGUUCCACCCAAACCAGGCACAAAGGGAUUCUCUGUCCCAAAUGGCAGGAACUAUACUUUCUAUUCACCU